AUGGCGGCUGCCAUCUUUCUGAAUUCGCCCGAGGAGCAUGUGAAAUGGACCUCGGGGGAUCCUUCAAAGUGGCAGCCGAAUCAUGCCAAUGUGGAGUGCUUCCACAGCUCCGCCGAGUCAGUGGACUGCGACAAGAAGGAGAUCACCCUCAUGAACAAGGGGCCCCAUGCAGGUGUAGUCAUCUCUUACAAGGCGGUGAUUCUCGCCACAGGGCAGAAGUCGCCACUGAUCACCCCGAUGCCUGGGAUGAGCCUAACCGAGCGCAUCUCCGAAGUGCAGGCGUGCGGCAAAGCCUUGAAGAAUGCGAAGACGGUCAUCUUCAAUGGGGCUGGGCUGGUCGGGAUCGAGAUGUGCGGGGAUCUGAGGGCCAGGAGUGGCUACGGUGCCCGCGUGAUUCUCCUCUCCCGGUCGGGUAAGGUCCUCGAUUCAGAUUUUGGCGACAAGGCCCUGAAGCCAGAUCCACAAAUUGUGAGCAAAGUGACGGAUAUCCUCACCAACAAGUUCAAGGUCGAGCUGAAGGAAGGAAGCGUUUCGGACCCGACGCUCGCGGAACCUUCCCUGAGCCCUGGCACGCUGAAGUUGGAAAGUGGGGAGACGCUGGACUUUGAUGUCUACAUGCCAUGCUACUCUGCGGGCCCCAACACAGGCUUCCUCCGUUCUUCCAGUGCAGAAAUACUCGAUGGUCGUGGCGCCCUGGUGGUCAAUGAUUCCUUGCAGUCUUCCGUCCACCCGGAAGUCUUCGGUGUCAACGUGACUAACAAAAAGAUCCCGGGGCAUCCCGUCAUUCAAUAUCUCUCGGCAACGGCUGAGCACUGUGCCAAGCAGGCCAUCUCACUGCUGGAAGACAAGCCGCUGAAGCCGUUCAAUGGCAAAGCUGAAACACCAGUUCCCAUCAACGUCAAGAUCGGCCACGGCAAAGGUGGCUAUAUGAUUUGGUACGGCCUUCCAGGCCCGGCCAAAGCGUGCUGCUGCCUGCCAUGCAAAGGAGGGUUUCCGUUCUGCCCGCCUCCCUGCUGCUGGUGCUGUUUGCCGGGGUGUUCUGGGGCAUGCGGCAACUGUGGCGAGCCAGCGGAAGGUGAAGGGCCGGCUAUCUUCAUGCCAAAUCUCUUGGCGAAGUUCCCCACAGUCAAGGGUCUUGGGGACUACGGACUCGAGAAGCCAGCACAAGCCACAAUGGCAUAG